AUGACUUCUUGCUCUACGGAUCCGCCCGCUCACGUAACACAACAACUCGAGUAUGUUAUUAUAUCGAAUCAAAAUAUUUUCCUUUUCUCGAUUUUGUUUAAUUUCGGUUUCAGCGAGGAGCUGGGCCAAGAUAAGCCUCCCUACUCGUACGUGGCUCUGAUUGUUAUGGCAAUCAGUUCAGCACCGAAUCGACAAAUGACGCUGAGUCAAAUUUACAAUGUAAGAAAAACAUUCCGCGAAAUUUUGUUAUCAAUAACAUUGUCACAACACUGAAUUUCAAGCUUUGGUUUAGUACAUUUGGUAGUAACUUUUGUAAUUUUAAUCUGAGUUUUCUAACUUUUCAGUACAUUGAGAAGCGUUUCCUCUUUUACCGUCACUCUGACUCAAAAAGGAAACGAGGAUGGCAGAACAGUAUACGGCACAACCUGUCUCUCAACGACUGUUUCAUAAAGAAGGCCAGAGAUGGGGUGGGACCAGUGAACGACAGAAAAGGUAACUACUGGACACUGGCACCCAACUUCAAUGAAAUGUUCGAAAACGGCAACUACAAACGAAGGUAAGCCUUGAAUUAAAAUAUGUACACAUUUAGUUGACAAUCUGUUAAGUUCUCGUAUUUUACCACACUUUUUGAUCCUACAUUUAUAGUGUAUAGUAAUAAUAAAGUUCUACCACUAUUUUUUUUAAUUAUAACAUGUUACGUUGACCAUCUUAGAACGUGUUAUAUUAAAUUACAUGAUAAAAAUAAGUUUUUCCAGAAAGCGUAUGAAAAAGCACGUGGCAGUUGAAGCACAACUUGCAGAAUCAUCUCUAAACUACCUAGUACAACGUCAAGUAUGUUAA